AUGGUGAAGGAAACCAUCCGGGUGUACGCGCGGGUGAAGCCGCUGGGCAGGCAGCAGCAGGCGGGGAUUUAUUCAGUUGAUGACGAUGAGAAAUCUCUGUCCAGUCUGGAGAUUAUCGUGCCGCGUGAUUUAGCAGAUGGGUUCGUCAAUAAUAAACGAGAGAGCUACAAGUUCAAAUUUCAGAAAAUUUUUGAUCAAGAGGCAAAACAAGAUGUGGUUUUCGACAGCAUUGCCAAACCAGUAGCAGAAUGUGUUUUGGCAGGAUAUAAUGGUACUAUCUUUGCAUAUGGUCAGACAGGCAGUGGCAAAACUUUUACCAUCACAGGAGGAGCAGAACGUUACAGUGAUCGAGGCAUCAUUCCCAGGACUCUAUCUUAUAUUUUUGAUCAAUUGCAGAAGGAUAGCAGUAAAGUGUAUACAACUUAUGUUUCCUACUUAGAAAUCUACAAUGAAUGUGGUUAUGAUCUGCUGGACCCAAGACACGAGGCCUCCAGGCUGGAAGACUUGCCAAAAGUGACAAUAAUGGAAGACCCUGAUCAGAAUAUUCAUUUGAAAAACUUGUCUCUUCAGCAAGCAACCAAUGAAGAGGAAGCCUUAAACCUACUCUUCUUGGGAGACACCAACAGAAUGAUUGCUGAGACACCAAUGAAUCAAGCCUCAACCCGAUCUCACUGCAUUUUCACUAUUCACAUCUCCAGCAAGGAACCUGGAUCUGCAACUAUCCAACACUCCAAGUUACACCUAGUAGACCUUGCUGGAUCAGAGCGUGUUGCAAAGACUGGAGUUGGAGGUCACUUAUUGACAGAAGCCAAAUAUAUCAAUCUGUCAUUACAUUAUUUGGAACAGGUAAUAAUUGCCCUUGCAGAGAAAAAACGAUCCCAUAUUCCUUACCGAAACUCUAUGAUGACCUCAGUGCUAAGAGACAGCUUGGGAGGAAACUGCAUGACUGCCAUGAUAGCAACGCUCUCUAUAGACCAAAGAAACAUAGAUGAAUCUAUAGCAACCUGCAGAUUUGCACAGCGAGUUGCUCUUAUUAAGAAUGAAGCAGUUCUUAAUGAAGAAAUUGACCCCAGAUUGAUGAUUGUCCAGCUGAAAAAGGAGAUCCAGGAGUUGAAGGAUGAGCUGGCGCUGGUGACUGGCAAGCAAAGAACGUCAGAGCUUUCACAAGAAGAGCUACUUCGGUUGGAUGAGUUACUUGAAACAUUUCUUGAAGAUAAUGAUCCUGAUAGCACUCUGGAUGUUGGUGCUGACAUGCGCAAGAUCAAGUAUUGCUUCAUUCAUGUGAAGCAACUAAUGAAUCAUUCAAAGAUUUCUGAUAAAAAGCUGCUCUCACAAUACAUCCCUGAAGAAAAAGAGACUAACAAAGAAACAGGAGAAGAAUUGAAAAAACUGAAAGAACUUCUGCAGCAAAGAGACAAUGAAAUCAAUAUUCUGGUAAAUAUGCUAAAAAAAGAAAAAAAGAAAGCGCAAAAUGCUCUUUUCCAGCUUAAUGCUGCCUCUGCUUGUUCUACAGUCUUGGACCAGUCUCCUCCUAUAAACUUGGAAGAAAGUCAGAGCCCAUCUAGCUGGUUUAGUCUGAAAGAGGCAAAAGAUUUCAGCUCUUCAGUUCACAGACUACCUUUUCUUUCCAGAAAAACAGGAGGAAAGAUGUCACUUGGAUGUCAGGAAGCUUUUGAAGUUUUCAAGCAGGACCAUGCUGACAGUAUAACCAUUGAGGACAACAAACAGCUUCUAAAACAGAAGUUUGCUGAAGCUAAAUGCCUUGGAGAAAAAUUAAAUGAAGUGAGAAUUAAAAUAAACCAUCUGAAAGGAGAGAUAACCCAGAGGCACGUUCAGAGGGCAGCUCUAGCUGUUUCCAGUCCUUCUGAAGAGCUAAAUACACUUGAUCCAGUAGAAGAGAAACUUCGAACGCAAAUUGAAGAAGAAAAAAAAAGUUAUAAGGCAAUGUUCAAUCGCGUGAAAGGGCUGAAGGUAGAAAUUGAGCACCUGCAGCUUCUUAUCGAAAAAGUCAAGAUGAAGCUGCAAAAAGACUUUGAAGUCUGGUGGUCUGAAGAGACAAUAAAUCUACAGGUCCAGCAGGAAAAGCCAGAGUUGGUUAGCUCACCAAAUACCAUGACUGUUUACCCCCAAUUUAUCAAAUCCUCACAACAUCUAUCAACUAACAGUUUUUCAGACACCACAAGAGUCAGCCCUAAUGAAGAUCCAGCUGGGAAAAACAAUUCAAUCACCUCUAGUGACCCUACUUUAAAAACAAGGGCCCCACCAAGUUCAAGGACAUCUAUUCCUCUGACUGGAGACAGCCAGGCUGAUGCUGACAUCCUAGCUUUCAUUAAAGCAAGACAGAACAUCCUGCAAAAGGAAGAUUAUUUUGAAAUAACCCAGGCUUUUGCCACACCGAAGGCCCACAUUUAUAACGGUCUUGACUCCUGCCUAAGCCACCUGUAA